AUGAGGCUUAUCAGAGAAACCGUUGGUGAAAUUAAAUCACAAAUGCUGACCCUUACUGAACAUAUUGAAAAGUGCAACCUUCGACUCGACGAGUACGAUACUAAGCUGGAUCAUCACGAAAAAAGAAUAAUUACAUUAGACAAUAUCAUAACUGAACUCAAAGAUCGCUUGAACUCAAACGCACAGGCUCAACUUCGCAACGAAGUAGAAAUAAUAGGCAUCCCAGAAACUCCAAACGAAAACCCCGCUCACACAUUCCGCGUCAUCACUCAAAAAUUAGGUUUUCCCAUUGAAGAAUCUGAUUUGGACUUUACAACCCGCGUAGGCCCCGCGCGCAAGUACUCACAAAAUAAAGGCCCUACUGAAAAUAACUCUUCCCAAUCGUCUCGGCCUUUAGUUGUCCGAUUUUUGAGCCGCAAUAAACGAGAUGAAUUUCUUAAAACUGGUAAAAUGAAGCAGCGCUCCAUCAACGCUCUAGACUUGGGACUCGCAACAGAACUCAAAAACAUAGAACUAUACUUCAACGAACGUCUAACCCAAGAAAACAGAUAUUUAUUUCGUACCGCUCGGCAACAAUCAAAAGUAUGUGGUUAUAAGUACUGUUGGACUAAAAACGGCGUGGUUUACAUCCGCAAACAAGAAGGGAACUCUGCAAUCCCUAUCAAGAAACAGGAGGAUCUCCACCAGAUACUUAAUUCACGUAAAUCCUCGUCAAACUCCUAA